ACAUGAAUCGCUACAACAGCGCUGUAACGAACGAGGUUUGGUCGGUGGAGUCGGAAGGUGUAGCUUAAAAGAAAGCUACUGUAUUUGGAAAACAGGUUAUCUAACGUUAUACAUUAUUUGUUGAAAUAGAGGAUCAGGACAGGAUUUUUCUGCUGUCCUAAUCGAUUGCGCCUCGGCAGCUGAAAACGUGUGCCCAGAAUGUCAUUCUGCAUGAUCUGAACGAAAUAUCGCUGCACUUCGUAUUUUUCCCCAAGGACGGGUGAACGCUUUGGAUCGGGUUUUAUUUUCUGCAAAAAUGAUGGCGUUCUUGUUAAAUAGGAUUAUGAAACGAUGUCCUCUGUCUCGCUGACCUGACUCAUCGCCGUCGCUCUGGACUGUUUAUGAUUUUGUUUUUAAUUUUCACAAAAGAUCUUUGCCCCUCAUGCAAAUAUCGCACGACAAAUGCGCACAAUACUGAAUGCUAUGGGGUUGAACGAGUGAUGUCAGUUUAUUGUGCUAAAACGGAAAAUGCUGGUCUCAAGGAUGUGACUCGACGGGAAUACGGUUCAGUGAUUUGCCAUUCCAGCCCGAGCGCGUCCUAAUCGCUCAUGAUGCACAGAGGUUUACGGAGACUCGUGCACCUGGUGCUGUUUUGCCCUCUGUCGAAGGGGCUGCAGAGUCGUCUCCCGGUGUUAAAGGUGAAGUACCUGCUGCUGGCCUGGUUGGGUAUCCUGGUGGCCAGCUGGGUCCUCUACAUGCAGUAUGCCUCCUACUCCGAGCUCUGCCGAGGACAUGUCUGCCACAUGGUCAUUUGUGACCACUACAGAAGCGGCAUUGUCUCAGGGUCGUCCUGCAAGGCCCUAUGUGAGGAAAGGACUCUGACCCUGCAGCGAUGCAUGUCCACCUCCUCCACACAUCAGGUGUACAGUGGUGUGUGGAAGGAGAGGCCUGUGGUCAUUAAGUGUGGUCUGGAGGAGCCUCUGAAGGGAGACGGUGCUCCUGACUCUGUACUGAGACAGGAAAUGACCCUGUUUGACAAGCCCACCCGCGGGACCUCCAUGGACGAGUUCAGAGAGAUGCUGCACAGCUUUCUGAAGUCUAACCUAGGGGAGCAGCCCUCUCUCACCACCUUGGUAGGGCGUGUCAUCACCCUGGCUGACGUCAACAAGGACGGCAAGGUGUCCCUGGCCGAGGCCAAGUCUGUGUGGGCUCUCCUCCAGAUUAACGAGUUCUUGCUGAUGGUGGCUCUGCAGGAGAAGGAGCAUACCCCUAAACUGUUGGGCUUCUGCGGGGACCUGUACGUUACUGAGCGCGUGAGCCACAGCUCCCUCUACAGGCUGGAGGUCCCCAGCUACCUGCAAGCAUUAGUCCCGGAGGCCCUAAGCUCCAGCAUGAACCAAUGGCUGGCCCCGGCGUGGCCCCGGAGGGCCCGCAUCACCAUCGGCCUGCUGGAGUUCAUAGAAGAGGUGUUCCACGGGGCAUAUGGCAGCUUCCUGAUGUGUGAUGCCAGCCCGCGCCAUGUGGGCUACAACUUCAAGUAUGACUGCAAGAUGGCCGACCUGCGCAGUGUGGCGUCUGAGACGGCGGUCCGCGGGUUCCUGCGGGGGCGUCACUGCGAGACCAACGCUGACUGCACCUUCGGGAGUGACUGCACGGCCACCUGCGAUCGGUUGGUGAAGCAGUGUAACACGGAAGUGGUCCAGCCCAACCUGGCCAAGGUGUGUGUGCUGCUACAAGACUACCUGCUGUUCGGGGUGCCCCAGGACCUCCGUACAGACCUGGAGAAGCAGCUCAGCACCUGUGUGACGCUCAGCAGCCUGGCCAGCCAGAUGGAGGUGCACCACUCACUGGUCCUCAACAACCUCAAGACCCUGCUGUGGAAGACCAUCUCCAACACACAGUACUCCUGAGGACCACAGAGAUACUAGGAUCCUGCCUCAGACCUGGGUCAUAUUCAUUAGAGAACUUGACUCGGGUAGACUUAACAUUAAUUUGUGGAUGUCCAUCUAUUUCAUGUUACAAAUUUCAGUUUGAGUCCAAUGUUAGCCAGGUGGCAGUUAUGCUAAGUAUUUGGAAAUUAGCAUUAUACGCACACCCAGCCACCUUUUCUUGCCUGGCGUGUCCUAGAUUUGUUACAUCUAGUCAGGAACGCUGCGCUCCUGAGGGGCGCAGCAUGUGCUGGAGGGAGGGGAGGUCACUAGGCAACCUGGUUGGAGUCCCAUAGGGCAGUGCACAAUUGGCCCGUGUCGGCUGUCAUUGUACAUAAGAAUUUAUAUAAAGCUAAUUUGACUUAAUGUUGAUAGUGUGCCCUGAUGAAUACAACCCUGAAGUUCCCCCAAUAGAACUUCAACCAGGGCAAAACUACAGGACCUGCCGAUAAGGGAAGCAUGUCCAAACUCGAGGUACUUGUACUUUUCUUAAAGCCAUGCUGAAAACUUAAAUUGGAAGGUUGAUGUAUGCUCUGGGCCUUGCAAUGAUAAUUUAACUACUCUACUUUUAAGAGAAGUCGUACUGAAUUAAACUAGUGCCAUGAAAAUAUCUGAUGUAACUGUAUGGUGAGUUUAUACAUUUCCUAUCUGGAAUGAGACAUUCAGACAGCUAGGGCAUAAAGGAUUUCUCAUGGGGAGAUCCCGUAACCAAUCUCAUGACCAUAUCUGGAACAAGUAGACUGCACUCUAAACAAUGGCCAAUAUACAGCCACUUAUGGGGAACUUUGAAAGCCAUCCUGUUAAAUGUAGUUUAUUUGUAAUGACAAUUACACGAACAUUUAAUUUUCCCUCUAAACAUGUUCAAUGCAGUAAGUGGAGAAGUGCUACAUGUCCCAUGUAAAAAAAAAAAAAAAAAGUUAAGUUCCUUGCACAGAACAAUAUUCCCAGGUAAGAAGUUAGGUUAUAGGACUUUAUCAUUUGACUAUUGAUGUUCUUAGAGGCACUUUGCCAGUGUAACAGCAUCUAUUCCACCCCUACCUGGGCUCAUACCAGGAACACAGCCACCCUCGAUGUAGCGUUACCCAUUGCUUCGCAGAGCAAGGGUUUCAGAGUGACUUCAACUAUUGAAUCACUAGCUCGAACUGUUGCAAAUACCCUGAGUGCAAUAAACGCAAGUGACAAGUUGUCUAUCACGAAUUUCUUUUAACUAGAUAUGAGGGUUAAAAGUGCAUUGAUAUCUGUAGGUAGGUAUGAUUGUGCUCAUUUUCACAAAUGCGCUUUUAAACUUCAAAGGGAUGAUUUCUUCUUAACAAAAGUCUUAAGUCAGGGUAUAUGCAGCAGUUGAACUGUGAAGAGAAGUGACAAUUUCCUUAGUUAAGUCAUGUUUGCAGGCAAUAUCAACCAAAUAUUGAUGUUUAAAAAUACACACUUGUAUGGAUUUAAGUGUUUACGGUUAAGUAUACAUUAGUGCAACAGUGCUUUUCACAAAUACACUUAAUCACCCAUUUGGCAAAGUAGGCUAAAAUGCAAUGAUAAAUUAACAGGCAACGCAGGACAAGCUGGAAAUAACCAAUGUGUAGUUAACUAGUGACAAUGUUACGACUUAUAAAACAGAUGCGUUUAAUGCUAGCUCCUUGCUGCAAUCGCAUCGGCCAUGAUCGGUGUCCAAAAAUGCCAAUUGUUAUGAAAACUUGACGUCUGCUAUUCCGAUUAAUCUGCCGACUUUUAAUCCUUUUACCAUUGUGUAGUUUGUCCAUCCAUUCCAGACCUGUGACUUCACACUGGUUUGUCAAUUCAGUAAAUUCACACAUCAACAUUCAGUUCUGUAGUUGUCACUGAAAGGCAUCUGAAGAAAACAGCUUAAAAAAACAAAAAAGCUGAGAUCAGCUUGAGUUUAUUGGAAUUAUUUUGAAAGCAAUACAUUUAUUCAAAUCAAACAGGGCAAGUACAUUGAGCUAAUUUCACCUAGGUCACACCGAGUGAAGGGUUUGUGUGAUAACCAGGUUCAAACUUGAACUGAGCUCGCUGUGAUUAACGGCAUCAUAGUGGCAGCUGUAUACUCAGACGGCACCCUAGUCUCGGACCGGCAACUGAACAAUCUGCUUUCUUUCUUCUAAGGCACAACCCAUUACUGCCACCUUUCAUCUUCAACUGAAACAGUCCAAUCUUCAGCACCUGUCCCACCUAUCAAUGAAUCAGGAAAUUGGUGAGAAUUAAAAAAAACCUAGCAACCCCUUUAAAAAAGUGACCAAGUCAUAAAACCUCAGGUUAGUUGAAUCAACCAAGUAUUGGCCCAAUGGAAAUUACCAGUCAGUAAUAAGUGGUUUUUGGCAAAACAAGCUAAACUACUGAGGGAGCUUAAAAUCAAGCACAGCCACCUGUUCAAGCACUAUAAGAUAACAUUUGUCUGCUGGUCUAAAAUGGGUCCCAAUAUCGGCGCCAUAGUCACGCAAAGUACCCACUGUUCUGGGUCCUUGGCGUAGACAUAGCCCUGUUUUACUCUCUGCCCCUCAUGACACAGGCUCAACACAUAGUCGGACUGCAACACCUCAAGGGACAGAUUUCGAUGAGACCAAUAUACAUUUAGCCAGUGCGUAACCAAAUGAGGCAGACUUACAAUGACCUGUGGCUCCAUGUCAACCCCACACUGCCAGACUCUGAAAAUAAAGAUGUAAGUUUGAAGCACAACAUAUCAAGGCAACAGCAUACACAUUAAGUAGUGGGUCCAAAUACAUUGAUGCUCGUUCUUGAGUAUUGCACCAGACGUGCAUGAUUAAUAGGUUAGGACACUCUGCCCUCCUGGCGAGGGUCUGGGUACCUGGGACUGUGCCGUACCUGCUUCCCACUAAAGCAGACAGUCAAGGGCGGCAGGGUAGCCUAGUGGUUAGAGUGUUGGACUAGUAACCGGAAGGUUGCAAGUUCAAACCCCCGAGCGGACAAGGUACAAAUCUGUCGUUCUGCCCCUGAACAGGCAGUUAACCCAGAGUUUCUAGGCCGUCAUUGAAAAUAAGAAUAUGUUCUUAACUCACUUGCCUGGUUAAAUAAAGGUAAAAUAAAAUUAAGUCAUUGUGGGUCAGUUUGUCAUGCAAUUGGAGCCACAAGUACAUCAAGUGGUAGGAAACACCAUUAAUAUACAUGUGCUGAAAAACAAACCUAUUAAACAUUGGUGCCUACAUGGAUUCUCCAGUGAAAGAGCUUUGGUCCAUGAGUAGGUUUAAUCUAUACCGAACUAAUUUAAAAUUUUCAGAGUUAAGUCACAAGGAAAUCAGGCUAUGGUACUAAAUCCAGUAGACCCUAAUCUAUAGAUUUCACAUGACAGUGAACAGAUUUUGGUAACAGAUAGGCUCGUGCAACAACCAUUUACCUCAUGCAUCACAUCUCCUUUGCAUAGAGUUGAUCAGAUGAUCAAGUGUGGCCUGUUCCACUUAAAAUGGCUGUGUGAAGUUGGAUAUUGCAGGAACAUGCCAUCAUACAAAGCAUCAUAAACAUGCUUGGUGUAUGGAAGAAACGGAACAUUUCAGCUCACAGGAAUUGUGUACCGAUCAUUGCAACAUAGGGCCAUGCAUUAGCGCUGAAACACGAGGUGAGAGAUGGCGGCAGGAUCUCAUCCCAGAACACGUGAUCGACGGCAAUUUGUAUGUAGUUGUCCAUAGCUUAUGCCUGCCCAUAUCGUAACACAACUGCCACCAUAGGGCACUCUUCGCAACUUUGACAUCAGCAAACCACGCACCCACAAAACUGGACACUGCAUGCUAUCUACCCGGUACAGUUGAAACUGGGAUACACCUGUGAAGGGCACACUCCGUCUCCUCGCGUUCCAACUCCUCCAGCAACGGUGAGCAUAGUAAAGACAAGUGUCCUGAGACUGUUUGACAGUUAGUGCAGAAAUUAAUGUUGAGCAAACCCAGUUUCAGCUGUCCGGGUAGCGGUCUCAGAUCCUAUAGGUGAAAAUAUGGAAGUCCUGACAAAUUCUAAAAUGUUGGGAGGCUGCUUAUGGUAGAGAAAUUAAUAUCCAAAUCUGGCACAACAGCUCUGGUUGACAUUCCUGCAGUCGGCAUGCUAAUUGCGCUCCCCCAACUUGGAGAGAUCUGUGGCAUUGUGUUGACAAAACGGCAUAUUUUAAUUUUUCACAGCACAAGGUGUACCUGUGUAACGAUCAUGCUGUUUAAUAAAGAAGCUUAUGUAACAGG